UGGACUGCCAUCAUCAAAGUACAUCAACCACUCCUGCAUCCGCUCGAGAAGCCAGAUCUCGCAGUCAAUAACAGCGCCGGAGGUACUUCACGCCCUCGACAAGUCAACCCGCACCACCUACGUCCAUCACAUCCGCCGCCUGGCGCCCGCCACAGCUAUGGCGCUCGAUACCUUCUUUCACAACAAGAUCGAGGCGAUGAAACUCGAGAUCAUCCAGGGACAGGCCAAGCUGCGACGACUUGAAGCUCAACGAAAUGACUACAACUCAAGAGUGCGCUUACUGCGGGAGGAGCUGGGCCUGUUGCAACAGCCGGGAUCAUAUGUUGGUGAGGUUGUGAAGGUCAUGGGCACGAAGAAGGUCCUCGUCAAAGUACAUCCCGAGGGCAAAUACGUGGUCGACAUUGCAGACAGCGUCGAUAUCAGCAAACUCACCCCCGGCAAACGUGUCACCCUGCUCAGCGACUCGUACAAGCUCGAAAAGCUGCUGCCAUCCUCUGUCGACCCGCUCGUCUCGCUCAUGAUGGUCGAGAAGGUGCCAGACAGCACGUACGACAUGAUUGGUGGUCUCGACCAGCAGAUCAAGGAAAUCAAGGAAGUCAUUGAGCUGGGUCUGCAACAUCCUGAACUUUUCGAAUCGCUCGGCAUAGCGCAGCCCAAGGGUGUCUUGCUGUAUGGCCCGCCCGGAACGGGCAAGACGCUACUGGCGCGUGCAGUCGCACAUCACGCGGACUGCAAGUUCAUCCGAGUGUCUGGCAGCGAGCUGGUGCAGAAGUACAUUGGUGAAGGUAGCCGCAUGGUCCGAGAGCUCUUCGUCAUGGCCCGGGAGCACGCCCCCAGUAUCAUCUUCAUGGACGAAAUCGACAGCAUUGGUUCAAGUCGUGUUGAGGGAAGCUCAGGUGGUGACUCCGAGGUGCAGCGGACCAUGUUGGAGCUACUGAACCAGUUGGAUGGUUUUGAGCCCACCAAGAAUAUCAAGAUUAUCAUGGCAACGAAUCGUCUCGAUAUCCUCGACCCCGCAUUGCUGCGCCCGGGACGUAUCGACAGAAAGAUUGAGUUCCCACCGCCAACUGUCGAAGCCCGUGCCGACAUUCUCCGUAUCCACUCCAGGAGCAUGAACCUGACGCGUGGUAUCAACCUGACAAAGAUCGCGGAGAAGAUGAACGGAUGCUCGGGAGCCGAGUUGAAGGGUGUGUGCACAGAGGCUGGUAUGUACGCGUUGAGGGAGCGGAGAGUACACGUCACCCAGGAGGACUUUGAUCUCGCAACCGCCAAGGUCCUGAACAAGCACGACGACAAGGCAACCAGUCUGAGCAAGCUCUGGAAGUAGUGGGAGAGUGGAGGAUGGGCAUGCCUAUGCGUGGCUUUUGUCGUGCUCACAUUGGCGUCGUGUAUACUAUAAGCAUAGCGGCAUGAUGAUAUGCAUGAUGAAUGAAACAUUAUUGGAGAG